AUGAAGGAAAAGGAUGGAUGUUACACCUAUCCUCCUACCCGUGGUGUUCACUCUCUCCCAGGACAGGAAUUCGUGGGAAAAUGUCUCUACUAUCAAUCUACCCUUAACCCUCAGUCCUUUACGGACCAUAAAAUAAAUUGUUCUUCGCUGUGGGAAAGCUUCCGUGAUGCCGUUGCCUUCCAGUCACCCUGUCACGUGGAUAGUCGGAGGUUUGACAAGUUCUGUAACGAGAGUAAGCACCACGUGCCAAAGAACAAGUUUGUGCUCUGGGAACAUGCGUACGAAACAGUGAUGAGAUACAGCAACAGGGGAAAAAGAGAUUUCACCUUCGCUGAUACCCUUACAGGUUUCCUUGGUGAUACAAAUUUUUGCGGAAGUAACAGUUCGUCUGACGGAGUAGAACAGGACCGCAGUAAAUGUCCUGGCUGGGAUCAGACACCGGAAUGUCCAUGGUCAACAGGGGCCGCCUUUUGGUUAACGGCCUCAGAAUAUUACUCGAGAGCAGCUCAUGGGGAGGUGGAGAUUAUGCUUAAUGCUACAUCAGUUCCCUUUUUUACGAAUGAGUCGUGA